AUCAAAUGGCAGAAGAACGGUUACGUAACACCGACGGAUCGAGCGUUCGUGUGGUUGCCGGAGCGCCAUGUUCGCGUAAACAAAAGAAAUAAUUUCCACACACCUGUACAGCUGUUCGCUUUCACAUACAAACUGACCUCGACAGGACACAUAAACAAAACUAAACAAAAUGUUUAGACUUAAUUCAAGAGGCUGAGAAUACAACGAAGCUAUUUACGAUGCCUUUUCCAAUUAUGAAUCAGGCACAACCAGCUCAGGACUCCCCAAAGCAUUAUGGGAUUACUUCACCCAUCAGCCUGGCCUUGCCGAAAGAAUCGGACCUGGUCCACGCGCAGAAACUGGUGCAGGCGCUGAAGCCUUUCAACGUGUUUGAAGAGGAGUUGGAGCUGCAACGGAGAAUCCUUGUUCUGGGGAAACUAAACACACUGGUCAAGGAAUGGAUCCAAGACAUCAGUAGAUCAAAGAAUAUCCCUCCAGCAUUGAUAGAAAGCAUUGGUGGGAAAAUAUUUACGUUUGGCUCCUAUAGGUUAGGAGUGCAUACAAAAGGUGCCGAUAUUGACGCUCUCUGUGUCGCACCUCGACACGUGGACAGGUCCGACUUCUUUACCUCUUUUUACGAGAAGUUAAAAGAGCAAGAGGAUGUCAAGGACUUAAGGGCUGUCGAAGAGGCAUUUGUCCCAGUGAUUAAACUGUGCUAUGAUGGUAUUGAGAUUGAUAUCCUGUUUGCUCGGUUAGCUCUGCAGACCAUUCCUGAGAACCUGGACCUCCGGGACGAUAGUUUACUAAAGAAUCUGGAUAUCCGCUGUAUACGGAGUCUGAACGGAUGCAGGGUGACCGAUGAGAUUCUCCACCUGGUGCCCAACAUUGAGAAUUUCAGACUUACUCUUAGAGCCAUCAAACUGUGGGCUAAACGUCACAACAUAUAUUCAAAUAUCUUGGGUUUCUUGGGCGGUGUGUCGUGGGCGAUGCUGGUGGCGAGAACGUGUCAGCUUUACCCCAACGCCGUGGCUUCAACCCUCGUGUAUAAAUUCUUUCUUGUGUUUUCUAAGUGGGAGUGGCCUAAUCCAGUCCUUUUGAAGCAACCAGUUGAGUGCAACCUCAACCUGCCAGUGUGGGAUCCAAGGGUGACACCAAGUGACCGGUACCACCUCAUGCCCAUCAUCACACCAGCUUAUCCUCAGCAAAACUCCACAUACAACGUGUCGGCGUCCACCCGCAACGUCAUGGUGGAAGAGUUCAAACAGGGUCUGGCCAUUAUGGAUGAAAUAUUGCAGAACAAAGCAGACUGGGCCAAACUAUUUGAAUCUCCCAACUUCUUUCAGAAAUACAAGCAUUAUAUUGUGUUGCUAGCAAGUGCGCCUACUGAGAAGCAGCACCUCGAAUGGGUUGGCCUCGUCGAGUCCAAGAUCCGAAUCUUGGUAGGAAGCCUGGAGAAAAAUGAGUUCAUCACUCUGGCACAUGUGAACCCACAGUCAUUUCCAGGACCCAAGGAAAGCGAUAAGACGCCAGAAUGGUGCACGAUGUGGGUCAUCGGUAUCGAGUUCAGGAAAAUGGAGGGGUCCGAGCUUCUUAACGUCGACUUGACAUACGACAUCCAGUCUUUCACAGACACUGUGUACCGUCAGGCCAUCAGCAGCAAGAUGUUUGAGACUGACAUGAAAAUAACGGCGAUGCACGUGAAGAGGAAGCAGCUUCACCAGCUCCUGCCAGACCUUGUUAUCCCCAAAAGGAGAAAGCAUUCGACUGAAAGCCUGCGUGCUGUGAAUGAGAGCGGAGUGGACUUGUCUCUGGACAGUGAUAACAGCAUGUCCAUCCCCUCGCCCACCCGCACCUCCAGCGCUGCCAGGACACCCUUCUCUGCCAGUCCUCACCGCUCCACAGGGACAAGUGCCAGCUCAGAUUCUCAGGGGAAGGUGAACACCUCAGGAGGCACACAUUCUGCUGCAGUGUCUCUAUCAGAGCCUCAUGCACAGAAGAGACCGGCCUCACCUCACCAUGAAGAGAACUCCACGAAGAAGCUCCGAACGCAGCAGCAUUUAGAUUUGAACGAGGAAAGUGUGGACAAGGAUAACAGCACGUCCUUGCCUUCACCCACUGGCACCUCCAGGACAGCCUUCUCUGCCAGUCCUAACCACUCCACAGGGACCAGCUCAGAUUCUCAAGGAAAGAUGGACAUGUCAGUAGACACACAGCCUACUGCAGCAUGUCCGUCAGAGACCGAAACCUCCAGUCCUGUUCAUGUAAAGAAGGGACCGGGCUCACCGCUCCAUGACGAGCAAGCCAAGAAGCUCAGAUUAGAGGAGGAUUCUACCUCAGAAUCAAUGGACCAGGCUGCUGAUUUUGCCGAUUUAUCUCAGGCUAGCGAUUUCUCUGCUUUAGACAGAGAGGUGAAAAUGGAGACAGAAGCAGCGGAGUCGGAUGCAGAAGGGCAGGUACCACUAUCUCAGAAAGCGUCCAGCACCGAUCUUUCCGAUGUCCCUCUUCCUCCGGCUAACCCCAUCCAAGUGGUGAAAAACUCCAUAAAGCUCAGACUGAUUAAGACGGCGUAGCAGGACAAAUUCAGACGGAUCCUAGGACGGAUCACCAGGCUCGGACAGCACGGGGUCGCCUGGAUCUCUCAGCGUGAUGGAAGAAAGCUAAAGGGCUCGUACUUACCUCAUUAGUACAAUGCAGAAAUGGUACAGCGAUGUGUAAAAACUACACAGUUAACCGUUUAGAACUCGGCUCGACGUACUAACUGUAGCUACCUGCCCAGUAGGCGACGCUGAGUUGGCAUGAGCGACUUGUCACUUGCUAGUGUGAACACAGCAUUCGAGAGGCCAGACCAAAAUGGCUCGCUAGUGUUGGAGAGAGUGUUAGAGAGGCUAAAUAAGGGGCCUCAUGGUUGCACUGUGCCUCCUAAAGAGGACUUUUUGAACCGCCCUGGUACGUUCUCGCUACGGCAUUUGACUCGAUCCACCAGAGGGCGACACUGCGCUUCUUUAACCUCCCAGAAGACUCUACCACCAAUCCUUGCCUCCACAGAAAUAACAGAAUACAUUUUUUCAUGCACUCACAACCUCAUCGUAACGUCUAGACGCGUGUUUGUACGAGUUCAUGCACAAGUUUAUUCCCAUCAUCCCGUAUGUUCUCCGACACACGUUCUCUGACGUUUCUUUAAAAAAAAAUUGCUUUUCAUGUUUGUGAUUCUCUAUUAACGUGCCAUUUUGUUGUUGUUGUUUUUUUUUUUAAGUGAAUGUGAUCCAAGGUGCCGUAUAUGAAGAUUAUAUACAACUGCAUCCAAAAGUUCAUCAGGAUUAUAGCGUCUUAUAAAAAAUGAAAUAAAAUAUAUGACAAUCUCUAAUCUGAGAUUAUACCAGUGUAAACAUCUCGUCUUGAAAAGAAGAAAGAGGGUGGCUAUGACUUCAGGUCUAGCUGGUAGAUUUUUUUAUUUUUUUAUUAUUAUUAUUUUUUUUAAGUUUGUCUUUUACCUUGUGUAAAUCCAUUAUUAUGAAAAUAAGAUAACAAAAAUGCAUUUAUUGGCUCUGGACGUUUUCUUUGUAUGUCAGGAUUUUUAUUACUAAUCUGAAAAUCAGUGAUGCAUAUUUAAAUGCAUUUCGAUCUCGCAUUAUAUUAGUACAUAAGCCCAAACAUUUUCUGUCGUAAGCUCACGGCCGUGAUGAGAUGGAAAUCGGAGCAGUAGCAUAUGAAGCUUGGAAUUAAUGAUAGUUUUUGAAGCAGAAGGAUUUAGUUGAUUCAUGAGAUGUGCACAGGCUUUUCUUAUUCAAUCUUUCACUGAUACGUUAAGAGAUUUGUUUGUCUUAAUUAUCUUUGUAAAUUGUGUGGCGACGCAACAGUACAGCUGCUCGACGAACGCUGUUUAUUCCACUAUGUGCAAAAGCAAAAAUCUUUGGUUUCGUCAUAUCCUCAGUUCUUACUUCUCUUCUCGCAGGCUUAUUUGUAAAAACAAACUGUUGUAUUUUUUUUUUCCACAAAUAAAAGUCUAUAAAAUUACAAA